AUGUAUAAAAAUGGUCCUAGAGCUCCUUUCAAACCCCCUCGGCCCAUACUGCUGCAGAGUAAAGUGCCGAGUGUGGUGGUCGAUGGAGUAAUUGCUCGUCCUAAAGUAGCUGAGAAGAUUGAUGUUCUAUCUCGUGUGAUCGAAAAGACAAACAAGAGAAAUGAUCAGGUUAAACCAUUACAUGAUAGCAACAAGAGGUUGAAAAUUGAGCAAACACACACCUCAAGUGCCUCCUCAUAUAUCGUCCAAUGGCGCAAGAAGUCAUCUAAGAAGAAUAAGACUUGGGAUGGCGAUGGAAUCAUCAAUUAUGAUGGAUCAACCAUUGCCUUCAAGUGCGACACAAAGGGCAAUGAUAAAUUCAAAACAAUGGGAAGUAUUUCCAGGAAGUCUAUUGAAGGAUUAAUCAGUAUAGGGAGCUAUGAACUUGAAGUAGAUUGUGAGGUAGAUGCUAAAGAAAAUAUUGAAAAUAAAGCGGUAGAGACAAUCCAACCUCUCCCUAAGGCUACUCUGUUUAAGAAGGUGAUCCCGACGGUGAACUCAAUUCCAGCUAUAUCAUCGAGACGUUCUCCGUUGAACGACCCCUCAGAUACGGAUUCCUUGGUCAUGAAAAAACCUACAGAAGAAUCCUUAGACGUUGUUGUAGACCCCAAACUUAGUGCUGCUCUAAGGCCCCAUCAAAGAGAAGGGGUUGCAUUUUUGUAUGAAUGCGUAAUGGGACUUCGUAACUUUAAGGGAAGUGGUGCUUUGUUAGCUGAUGAAAUGGGCCUUGGUAAGACUUUAAUGACAAUAACACUUAUCUAUACAUUAUUGAAACAGUCACCUUAUGAUGUGGAAAACCUGGUGGUAAGAGGAGCUGUAUGUAAAAAGGUUCUCAUUGCGUGUCCAGUUACAUUGAUUGGGAAUUGGAAGAAAGAAUUCAAAAAGUGGCUAGGGAUUCACAAAGUUAGUGUUCUUGCUAUAAACAAUAAACAAUCAUCUGCAAAAGAUAAGCAAGGUAUACGAAACUUUGGGAAAACAAGGGUAUACAACAUCAUGAUUUUGAGUUAUGAAAAAGUACUCAGCUGUCAGGAUGAAUUGAAAGACUUGAAAGUGGAUCUAUUGGUCUGUGACGAAGGUCACAGGUUAAAGAACAGUUCCAAUAAGGUGGUUAAAGUAUUCAACGAAAGCCUUAGUAUUAAAAAGAGAGUAUUACUCACUGGUACUCCGAUGCAGAAUGACCUUACUGAAUUCUUCAACAUUUGUAACUUCAUAAAUCCCGGCGUAUUGGGUACGUUUAGUUCUUUCCAAAAGGAAUUUUUGAAGCCAAUCUUAAGACUGAGAGAGGUAAAUUGCAUAAAUAAAGAAACCAUUAAAAGAGGAGAAAUGAAGUCAAGGGAACUAGUCGAACUUACAAAACAUUUCACUUUAAGAAGAACAAGUGAUAUACUUUCAAAAUACUUACCUGCCAAGACUGAUUUGAUAUUGUUUUGCCCUCCUACUUCUCAGCAGAGGAGCCUUUUCAACUUGGUAUCUAGCAGUCAAAAGUUUAGGAAACUUAUCCUGCAGUCAUCUUCAAAUGAUUCGUUGCUUAUGAUUAAUUUGUUCAAAAAAAUUUGCAAUUCUCCCUUCCUCUUACAACAAGAUAAAACAUUCCAAGCCUUGAAAAAUGAGGUAACAGAUAAAGUUGACUCCUCUCUUGAUAAAUCAUCAGGUAAAAUUUUAGCCCUAAUUCCAUUGCUCAUAGAGAUCAGAAAGACGAAUGAAAAGACGGUUAUCAUUUCAAAUUAUACUCAGACUUUAGAUUUACUUGAAGAAGUCUUAAGAAAGCUAAACCUUCAAUUUUUGAGAUUAGAUGGAACGACACCAAACACGAUGAGAGAUAAAUUGGUGGUUGAGUUUAAUACAUUGCCAGUUUCUGCAAACUCAGUAUUCCUUUUAUCGGCCAAAUCCGGAGGUGUCGGACUAAAUUUAAUAGGCGCCUCCAGAUUAAUAUUGUUUGAUAACGAUUGGAACCCUUCGGUUGAUUUGCAGGCAAUGGCAAGAAUCCAUAGAGAUGGCCAAAAGAGGAAUGUUUUCAUAUAUAGAUUGAUGACAACUGGCUGUAUUGAUGAGAAGAUUUUUCAAAGACAACUAAUGAAGAAUAGUCUUAGCGACAAGUUUGUGGAUAACAAGAACGGCUCCAAUUCUGACGUUUUUGAUAUGGAAGAUCUAAAAGAUUUGUUCACCAUUGUUCAAGAGACAAAGAGUAAUACUCAUGAUUUGUUAGAAUGUGAAUGCUCUGGAAUAGGUGAAGAUUUGUUAUUGGAAAGUCAAGCAGAAGGGAACGAAGCUAAAGUAGAAAGUGACGAUGACACACCUCCUGGUUGGAUUUCAGCUCUAGAUUACAAGCAAGUUGAUCAGAUGUCCAUUAAAAAGAAAGCUACUAUAAGAAAUGCGUUACUUGAAUAUAAUCAUUAUGAUCCUAAAAAUUAUACCGAAGAAGGGGUGGACUCUGUGCUUAUAAAUGUCAUAAAAAACUCAAAAGACUGCCCUAUUUCCUACUUGCUUUCAAAAUACACUACGAAUAAAAUAGAAGAAUGA